AAUAAACAGUGCAGUAGUGUAGUUCAGCUCACUCAAUUGAAGGCAAGCAAUCCAGACGACCAAACUAGCAGGAGAACCGCAGGAAGGCAGCAGGAGGGUUCCAGUAGUCACAGGGUAAGAUGGCAAUGCAGAUCUUGCUCCGUUCUCUGAUUUUAUUCUUGGCAUCUGACAGAGCUCUUGCUCAGGAACAGCCAGCUAUUGCAGAUGCUGGAGGGUUGAAUUAUUCAGCAGUGGGCUGCAAUGAUGGAGAAGAUCAAGGUGGAAUUCCAGAGGAGAAACCAGCCACAUCAUCCCUGACUUAUUUAGUGGACACUACAGGGUCAAUGUUCGAUGACCUCCAGCAGCUAAAAUUGGUGAAUGAUUGGCUUCUUGAUAGCAUAACGGCACAAUUCCCAUCCGGAGUACGGCAGUAUACAAUGGUUGAGUUUAAUGACCCAACAACUGGCCCAGUCAGGCUGACACAUUCAAAAGAUGAGUUUAAGAUAUUUUUCAGUCACCUCACGGCCUCUGGUGGAGGAGAUUGCCCUGAAUUAACGAUGAAUGGUCUCAAAUUGGCUUUAGAAAAUUCCCCACCCAAAUCUUUUAUUCUAGUGCUCACAGAUGCAUCUUCUAAAGAUUAUACAAGUACUGCCCUUCUCAACAACAUACGUUCACUUCUAAGUACCAAACAGUCACAGGUCUUCUUUUUGAUUACAGGGCUUUGCUCUGGUUUAAAUGAACCUGGGUUCCUCAUUUACAGAGAUAUUGCUUCUCUGAGUUAUGGGCAUGUUUUUCAAAUUGAGCUCUCAGAUCUGGGCAAGGUAUUUAAUUAUCUGGAAUUCACUCUAUCAAGGCCUGUUAACAGUACAGUAAGGGUUUUUUACCAAUACUAUAAUGGCAUAAAUCACUGCGACAACUUUACAGUAACAGAUGACUUCACAAACUUACUGAUGAUCACUGAUGGUUCAAUUACCUCAAUACGAAUUCUGGGACCUGGCUCUACAGACCCAAACCCCAAGACACUUGUGUCUGAAACCUGGGGUUCAUUGCAUGAGAUUAAAAGGCCUGCCAAAGGAGCAUGGACAUUGUGUAUUGUUUCAAGCAACCCUCAUGCUGUUCAGGUGGAGGGAUUGAUAGUUACCAACACGUCAUGCAUUGGAAGCUGCUCAGACUGUCACCAUAAUGCUAUAUGCGAAGCAUAUACUGGUCACUUAAAAUGUACCUGUAAGGAUGGAUUCAUUGGAGAUGGCGUCUCAUGCUCAGAUAUUGAUGAAUGUGCCUAUUCCUGGUUAUACAACUGUGCUUAUGGAAUCUGUGAGAAUACUAUUGGUUCCUAUAAAUGUGUGUGUCCUGCUGGCUACACAAAAGGAACAGGAAAGGAAACAGGAAACACUUGUGUUGAUAUUGAUGAGUGUUCUAGUCCAGAUCUGAAUAAAUGCCACCCAAUAGCCACCUGCUUUAAUUAUGUUGGGACUUACACAUGUCAGUGUCCACCUGGUAUUUUGGGUAAUGGAUUUCACUGUGAUCCAUGUUCCAGAGGUGUGUGUGGGGUCGGUAUGGAGUGCCUGACAGAUGGCAGCUCCUACUCUUGUUCUGAUCCAUGUGUCAGUCACACUGUUCUUGAUGAACCCUGGAGAAGUGCUGCCAAUAUGCAAUUUGUGGACAUCAAAUGUGACUAUGACAAAGUGGGCUGGUAUCGUUUCAAUGGAAGUGGAGGAAUACGCAUGCCAGAAUCCUGUGUUCCAACAUGGAGGUGUAACUCUCAUAUACCUAUGUGGUUAAAUGGAUCACAUCCCAUUCCAACUGAUGGUAUUGUCAGUCGCAAUGCCUGUGCUCAUUGGGCAGGAGUCUGUUGCCUGUGGUCAUCAACUGUACAGAUUAAGGCUUGUCCUGGUGGAUACCAUGUCUAUAAACUGAAUGGAACACCCGGCUGCUCCAUGACAUACUGCACAGUAACCAACAAUUCAUUGACUGGACGCUGCUCAGACUGUCACCCUAAUGCUACAUGUAAAGGGUUUCUUGACCUCUUCGAAUGUACCUGUAAGGAUGGAUUCAUUGGAGAUGGCGUCUCAUGCUCAGAUAUUGAUGAAUGUGCCUACUCCUGGUUAAACAACUGUUCUAAUGGAAACUGUGUGAAUACUAUUGGCUCUUAUCACUGUGUGUGCCCAGGUGGCUACACAAAAGGAGCAGGAAACACAUGUGUUGAUAUUGAUGAGUGUUCUCGUCCAGACCUGAAUAGAUGCCACCCAAUAGCCACCUGCACUAAUUAUGAUGGAACAUACACAUGUCAGUGUCCACCUGGUGUUUUUGGUAAUGGAUUUCACUGUGAAGAUGGUCCAUGUACUGGAGGUGUGUGUGGGGUCGGUCAGGAUUGCCUGGCAAAUGGCAUCUCCUACUCUUGUGCUGAUCCAUGUGUCAGUCACACUGUUCUUGAUGAACCCUGGAGAAGCGCUGCCAAUGCACAAUUUGUGGACAUCAAAUGUGACUAUGACAAAGUGGGCUGGUAUCGUUUUAUUGGAAGUGGAGGAAUACGCAUGUCAGAAUCCUGUGUUCCAACAUGGAGGUGUAACUCUCAUAUACCUAUGUGGUUAAAUGGAUCACAUCCCAUUCCAGCUGAUGGUAUAGUCAGUCGCAAUGCCUGUGCUCAUUGGGCAGGAGUUUGUUGUCUGUGGUCAUCGACUGUACAAAUUAAGGCUUGUCCUGGUGGAUACUAUGUCUAUAAGCUGAAUGGAACACCCGGCUGCUCCAUGACAUACUGCACAGUUACCAGCACUUCAUGCCCUGGAAGCUGCUCAGACUGUCACCCUGAUGCUACAUGUGAAGGAUAUCCUGGGCAAUCCGUACAAUGUACCUGUAAGGAUGGAUUCAUUGGAGAUGGCGUCUCAUGUUCAGAUAUUGAUGAAUGUGCCAACUCCUGGUUAAACAACUGUACUUAUGGAAAUUGUGUGAAUACUAUUGGCUCUUAUGACUGUGUGUGUCCUACUGGCUACACAAAAGGAGCAGGAAACACAUGUGUUGACAUUGAUGAGUGUUCUAAUCCAGACCUGAAUACAUGCCACCCAAUAGCCACCUGCAUUAAUAAAGAUGGAACUUACACAUGUCAGUGUCCACCUGGUGCUUUUAGUAAUGGAUUUAACUGUGAAUUUGGUCCCUGUACCGGAGAUGUGUGUGGGGUCGGUCAGGAUUGCCUGACAGAUGGCAGGUCCUACUCUUGUGCUGAUCCAUGUGUCAGUCACACUGUUCUUAAUGAACCCUGGAGAAGCGCUGCCAAUGCAGAAUUUGUGGACAUCAAAUGUGACUAUGACAAAGUGGGCUGGUAUCGUUUUAUUGGAAGUGGAGGAAUACGCAUGCCGGAAUCCUGUGUUCCGACAUGGAGGUGUAACUCUCAUAUACCUAUGUGGUUAAAUGGAUCACAUCCCAUUCCAGCUGAUGGUAUUGUCAGUCUCAUUGCCUGUGCUCAUUGGGCAGGAGUUUGCUGUCUGUGGUCAUCAACUGUACAGAUUAAGGCUUGUCCUGGAGGAUACCAUGUCUAUAAACUGAAUGGAACACCCGGCUGCUCCAUGACAUACUGCACAGUUACCAACACCCCAUGCCCCGGAUGCUGCUCACACUGUCACCCUGAUGCUACAUGUGAAGGCUAUUCUGGCCAAUCCUCCCAAUGUACCUGUAAGGAUGGAUUCACUGGAGAUGGUGUCUCAUGCUCAGAUGUUGAUGAAUGUGCCAUCUCCUCAUUAAACAGCUGUUCUUAUGGAUAUUGUGUGAAUACUAUUGGCUCCUAUAACUGUGUGUGUCUUGAUGGCUACACAAAGGGAACAGGAAACACAUGUGUUGAUAUUGAUGAGUGUUCUAGUCCAGACCUGAAUAAAUGCCACCCAUUAGCCACCUGCAAUAAUUAUGAUGGAGGGUACACAUGUCAGUGUCGACCUGGUGUGUUUGGUAAUGGAUUUCACUGUGAAGAUGGUCCAUGUUCCAGAGGUGUGUGUGGGGUCGGUAUGGAUUGUCUGACAGAUGGCAUCUCCCACUCUUGUUCUGAUCCAUGUGUCAGUCACACUGUUCUUGAUGAACCCUGGAGAAGCACUGCCAAUGCACAAUUUGUGGACAUCAAAUGUGACUAUGACAAAGUGGGCUGGUAUCGUUUUAUUGGAAGUGGAGGAGUACGCAUGUCAGAAUCCUGUGUUCCAACAUGGAGGUGUAACUCUCAUAUACCUAUGUGGUUAAAUGGAUCACAUCCCAUUCCAGCUGAUGGUAUUGUCAGUCGCAAUGCCUGUGCUCAUUGGGCAGGAGUUUGUUGCCUGUGGUCAUCAACUGUACAGAUUAAGGCUUGUCCUGGUGGAUACUAUGUCUAUAAACUGGAUGGAACACCCGGCUGCUCCAUGACAUACUGCACAGCCCACUCUUCAUGCCCUGGGAGCUGCUCAGACUGUCACCCGAAUGCUAUAUGCAAAGCAAAUCUUGACAGCUUAAAAUGUACCUGUAAGGAUGGAUUCUCUGGAGAUGGCUUCUCAUGCUCAGAUAUUGAUGAAUGUGCCUAUUCCUGGUUAAAUAACUGUGCUUAUGGAUAUUGUGUGAAUACUAUUGGCUCGUAUUAUUGUGUGUGUCCUACUGGCUACACAAAAGGAGCAGGAAACACAUGUGUUGAUAUUGAUGAGUGUUCUAGUCCAGACCUGAAUAAAUGCCACCCAAUAGCCACCUGCAUUAAUUAUGUUGGAACUUACACAUGUCAGUGUCCAUGCGGUGUUCUUGGUAAUGGAUUUCACUGUGAAAUUGAUCCAUGUACUGGAGGUGUGUGUGGGGUCGGUAUGGAGUGCCUGACAGAUGGCAGCUCCUACUCUUGUUCUGAUCCAUGUGUCAGUCACACUGUUCUUGAUGAACCCUGGAGAAGCAGUUCCAAUGCACAAUUUGUGGACAUCAAAUGUGACUAUGACAAAGUGGGCUGGUAUCGUUUUAUUGGAAGUGGAGGAAUACGCAUGCCAGAAUCCUGUGUUCCAACAUGGAGGUGUAACUCUCAUAUACCUAUGUGGUUAAAUGGAUCACAUCCCAUUCCAGCUGAUGGUAUAGUCAGUCGCAAUGCCUGUGCUCACUGGGCAGGAGUUUCUUGUCUGUGGUCAUCAACUGUACAGAUUAAGGAUUGUCCUGGUGGAUACCAUGUCUAUAAACUGGAUGGAACACCCGGCUGCUCCAUGACAUACUGCACAGAUCCAAGUUCAAUUAAUGGUGACUGCUUAUGCACUGACGAUGAAGAAUGCAGAUUUGUGUCUGGAUCCUAUGGGUGCUACUGCAAGGAAAGUCGUGCUAUAUCUGCUUUCUCAGACUUAACACCAUCCGUUAGCUGCGGCUUGCAUAAUAUGAAAACAUCUUUCCGAAAAUGUCAGCUGAGGGCUCUGCAAAUUGAUGUAAAUUAUAUAAAACUUGAGAACAGUUCCUGCUUCACUGUCCUGAAUGAUUAUACUACCAACACAUAUUCAGUUCUGUCCCCUUUGCAAGCUGGAAACUGCGGGAUGAAGUUGACUACAAAUGGAACCCAUGCCUCUUAUGUAAACCGUUAUGACUUUUAUUUUAUACUUCCCGGGAAUAUAAUCAGAGAAAAGCUGACAAUGACUUCAACUUGUAUUUACCCACUUGAUAUGAGGCUAAGUCUUAUCACUGCCCUGGAUCCCAUUAUCAGCACUACAGAUAUUUCCAUUACUGGCACUGGAGAGUUUAAGGCUUACAUGGCAGUUUACAACAACAGUGACUAUAAAUAUCCAUACCAAGGAGCACAAAUUAAUCUUUACACCAAAACAGUGAUUUAUAUUGGAGUGUUCCUUGAUGGGCCGGAUCCAUCUCAGUAUGCCUUGGUACUGAAAAACUGCUACGCUACUCCAUCAAGCAAUCCUGAUGAUCCCAUUAAGUAUUAUAUCAUCCAAAACAGGUGCCCUAGCAGAUCUGACAACACUGUCAAUGUAGUACAAAAUGGCUUAUCUAGCCAAGCACAGUUUUCUUUCCAGAUGUUUGCAUUUGUUGGAGAUUAUAACCAGGUCUAUCUACACUGUGAAAUCUAUGCAUGUAACAAUAUGACCUCAACCUGCUUGCCUACAUGCAAAAGCCGUGCCACGGCUGUAACUACAGAAAAUACCUUUAACCUGAAAAUUGGACCAUUCAUCAACCUGGAUUCACCCCCAAAACUACCGACUGCAGUUGAUGAUUCACCCCCAAAACUACCGACUGAAGUUGAUGAUUUACCCCCUUCUAAAAUUGAGAUUGCAGCUUCAGAUUUACGACCUUUGUCUGAUUCUAAAUUUGCCAUUGCAGCUUCAGAUUUACUCCAUUUGUCCAAUUCUAAAUCUGCCGGUGCAGCUUCAGGCACACAAGCAUCGUGGACAUUUACUGUUCUUAUGCUCUUGUCAAUAGUCUUGUUUUCUGGAAAGUAGUUAUCUUCUGCACUGGAUUUCUAGACCCCACAGACCAAGGCACUGCAAUAUUCUUCAACUAUUGUGGACAAUCUGCACUCUUUUUGAUAUAUAUAUAUAUAUAUAUAUAUAUAUAUAUAUAUAUAUAUAUAUAUAUAUAUAUAUAUAUUCUGUUUAAGGAGAAUCUUUCUUUGUAAAUUGUUAACAAGUACAGCUUUGACAUCAUUUUGACAUUAACAUUGAUAAAUUAACACUGGAAUAUUUUGGAAAGGUGUAAGAUUUCUGGAACCUGCAACCCAAUUCAAUUCGGUAUUCUUCAAUUAUCAUGGCAAAUGGCCAGUCUAAUUAAUAUACUGUAUAAUCUAUCUUAAACUUUCCAUGUUGCUAAAACAAGACAAACUGGAAAUUGCAGUUUAAGUAAAAACGAUUACAUAUGAAUAUGGUUAGAAAUAUUGAUUAAAACACAAUUAAAAUGUUUGUAGAUUAUUUUUAACGGCUUUGUAUCAUCUGUUGAUUGCAUUAAUGAUAAAGAUACAAUUGGAAUAGUCAUAAUAUUAUGUUAAAAUAAAUUUAAGGAAUAAAUGAUGAAAACUGAAAA